CACCCAUACGCUGUGGGCUGGAAGACUGAAAUCAAAGUCUGAAGAGUCAUCCUUUGAGCUAUUUUGUUAUUUGCCUUUCUGUAAAAAGAAAGUGUAUGUACAUGGCAAUGAAGGAAUUUCUGUAAUUCUACUGGAAUACUAAGGUGCUGCUGUUAAAACUGACAGUAACAGCAUUGUUAAGUGUUUCUGUACUGCAUUUAAGUACAGACUACUGAAUUCACAGCAAAUAAAUGGUGGAAUAAUUGCAGAGAAUGCUACAAAUGAAGGAAACUUACACGUGGAACUCAUAUUUGCAGCCUGUAGGAAUAUUAAAUUAAACCAAGUGAUUCCACAACUUUAAAUGAAAUGCUAAGAGACGCAAGUGAAAUACAUGUUAGUUGGACACUAUUUGGGGGCAGUCAGGACCUAAAGACAUUCUGUGGAAAAAGAAUUGAAAUGGAUGGAAUUAUUUUGUAAAGGGGAGAUGGUCACGGUACACCAGCAAAACAUGACACUUGCAAACCCAGAAACUUUCUUCAACUCCAGCUACAGUAUUCCCGAAAGCUCUAAUAUUUCUGAGGCCUUUCCAAAUGGAUAUCAGGAGAUGGGACCAUCUACACAAGCUGUUGUCUCACCAUCCGUUUCAGUGGCUGUGCCAACAUUUUCUAUGACUCUUGGGGCUAUGUCUAACAUCAUUGCCUUGAUCAUUUUGGUGAAAUCUUAUGCUCGUUUCCGUCGACGAUCAAAGGCCACCUUUCUGCUUUUUGCUAGCAGUUUAGUCAUCACGGACUUUGCUGGACAUGUAAUCCCAGGUGCCUUUGUGCUUAGACUUUAUGCUGUCAGAAUGCAGUGGAAAGCGAUAGAUGAAACCGGUGUUCUCUGCCAGUUGUUUGGUGUCUGCAUGGUAUUCUUUGGGCUGUGCCCUUUGUUUUUAGGGUGUGUUAUGGCAGUAGAACGUUGUGUGGGUGUUACACGACCACUACUUCACUCAGCAAUUGUCACAUCAACAAGGACUAAGCUGACAGUAGCAGCUAUAUGGACUUCAGCACUCCUCAUUGCAUUGCUCCCAGUUUUGAACUUUGGGAAAUACGACAUACAGUUUCCUAAUACGUGGUGUUUCAUAAAAGUUCAUGAAGUAACAGCAUGGAGUGACUUAAUAUUUGCUUUGCUCUUCUCACUGUUGGGACUAACGUCACUUUUCCUGUCACUUGUAUGCAACACCAUUAGUGGUGUAUCACUGGUCAGGGCCCGGAUACGUAAACAGCAGUGCAACAGACGAGCUAAGUCUCACGACAUAGAAAUGGUUGUCCAGCUGGUAGGCAUCAUGGUGGUUUCUUGCAUUUGCUGGAGCCCUAUUUUGAUUUUUGUAAUGAUGUUUGUCACCAAGGCCUACAGUGGGGGUCACUAUGAUGUGCAGCAUUACACAUGGUUAAUGUUUCUCGGAGUUCGACUUGCAUCCUGGAACCAGAUCCUUGACCCUUGGGUCUAUAUCCUCCUCCGUAGAGCUGUAAUGAAAAAAAUAUUCAAUCUCAUUGCUCGACAGCCUGAUUUGAAAAACAGCAAGCUGGAUCGCUGGGAGUUUAGCUCCUUUCAAAGUUCAGAACGGAGCAUAGUACACCGGUUUUAGACUAAACAACCUUACUGCUAUACUGGCUUUGAGCAAGAUGUUCACAGUCCCAGGAGUAUAAGCACAAAGAUGUGUCAUGUAUAUGCACUGGGCAGUCCAAAUGCUGGAACACACUGCUCCUCCAGGGUGCUCUACAACGAGUGGAACACAAGUACAUAACAAGUGAUGUCAGGAGCGAGUGUAGAAAGCAGCACAAGGAAUAAAAUGAGACAGCAGGACUGGAACUGGUACUCUACUUCUCAGAAUCUCUUGGGAAGUUUAAUAUUGUGGAAGGCAGCAGACACAUGCAGCACCAGAAGGAAGAUAAUGACUUGAUGAAAAUUACUGAGAAACAGCACAAGAUACCCAUGAGGUCCAAGUUCAGUUCUGAACUGUUUACUACUGUAUGCCUACAUAAUGUACAAUGAAAAAUAUGGACUAAAUCAAGACAUUAAACAAUACAGGCUAUAAAAAGCUGACUGAAUACUGAGAUGGUUGUAGUUUGUGGAGUUUUAGCUACAGACUAUGACAUGUAAUAUAUAUGUGUACAAAAGGGUGCAUGCAAAUCUAAUAAGUUCUCAUUUUUGUGAAAUACCAUUAUUAAUAUGUGAUUAUAUUUUAGAUCAGCUACAGAGCUAAUCAUCAUAAGCUGAAAU